CACUCUCUCUGUUUCUCUCUCUGACACUCUACCCAAUGAAAAGGAGGUAGACACCCCCCAUCAUAUUGCUGCCGAAUUUUCUCCAGCAUCAUUGAGAACGCAGGGAAUGGGAGCGCGUAUCGGGUGGACGGGAUAUCCGAACGCACCGGCUGCGAUAUCUGAUCAAGCCACCGACAAAAGCGGGACGCAGAGACACCCUUCACGUACCUGACGUGAUUUCAGUGCUCACGACAGUGGAUUGACACUGAUAUUAUAAGACACCCGCCAUCGUAUUCGCUUCAGCCUAUUUAUUUGUACAGAUUCCAUCUGCCGAGUACGACUGAGCGAAUACAGUGACCGAACUAUGCCAGCGAGGAAAUAAGAAGCGGCGCGAGCCUGCAUUCGUAAUUCUUUCUUUGGGUCAUUGAUCAGUCACCCGGCGAUUGUCUCAAGGCGUCUCUCUUGGGGGAAAACCGUCAUCCUUUGGCACUGGGGGUGAAGGGUGAAGCGGGAGAUCCGGCGACAUGGCCAAGGCCUCCACGGACCUGGACAAUGCGGAGGCCCAGCGGCAGCUCAACAACAACAACCGGCCCGUCAGCACAGGACACUGGGAGACCGAGACCACCAGCGCCAAGCUCUUCGAGUGCUCCCGCAUCAAAGCACUAGCAGAUGAGCGAGACGCAGUGCAGAAGAAGACAUUCACUAAGUGGGUGAACUCCCACCUGGCACGGGUGUCCUGCAGGAUCGCUGACCUGUACAAUGACCUGAGAGACGGCUACAUGCUCACCAGGCUCCUGGAAGUGCUGUCGGGAGAAAUGCUGCCAAGGCCCACUCGCGGCCGCAUGCGUAUCCACUGCCUGGAGAACGUGGACAAGGCUCUGCAGUUCCUCAAAGAACAGCGGGUCCACCUCGAGAACGUCGGCUCCCACGACAUCGUCGACGGCAACCACCGCCUGACCCUCGGCCUUAUGUGGACCAUCAUCCUCCGCUUCCAGAUCCAGGUGAUCAAGAUUGAGACGGAGGACAACAGAGAGACCCGAUCAGCCAAGGAUGCCCUUCUGCUGUGGUGCCAGAUGAAAACAGCAGGGUACCCUGAGGUGAACAUUCAUAACUUCACCGGCUGCUGGAGGGAUGGCCUGGCUUUCAACGCACUCAUCCACAGGCACAGACCUGAUUUAAUCGAGUUUCACAAGCUGGCCCGGUCGAAUGCCACACACAACCUCCAGCAAGCCUUCAACGUUGCCGAACAGAACCUUGGCCUCACCAAGCUCCUGGAUCCAGAAGACGUGAACACGGAAAAUCCAGACGAGAAGUCCAUCAUAACCUACGUGGUCUCCUUCUACCACUACUUCUCCAAGAUGAAGGCCCUUAUAGUAGAGGGGAAAAGAAUAGGAAAGGUUCUGGACAACGCUAUUGAGGCGGAGCAGAUCAUCGAUCGGUACGAGGAGCUGGCGUCGGAGCUACUGGAGUGGAUCGAGAAGACCAUCAGCGUCAUCAGCAACCAGAAGUUCGCCAACUCCCUCACCGGCGUCCAGCAGCAGCUGCAGGCCUUCACAACCUACUGCACCAUCGAAAAGCCCAUUAAGUUCCAGGAGAAGGGCAACCUGGAGGUGCUCCUCUUCACCAUCCAAAGCAAGCUCAGAGCUAACAACCAGAAGCUAUACGUGCCUCACGAAGGGAAGCUCAUCUCUGACAUCAACAAGGCGUGGGAGAGGCUUGAGAAGGCGGAGCAUGAAAGGGGCGUGGCCUUAAGGACAGAGCUGAUUCGUCAGGAGAAGCUGGAGCUGCUGGCUCAGCGCUUCGACCACAAGACCACCAUGCGGCAAGCAUGGCUGAACGAGAACCAGCGGCUAGUCUCACAAGACAACUUUGGCUACGACCUGCCAGCAGUGGAGGCGGCCAUGAAGAAACACGAGGCCAUCGAGGCGGACAUCUCGUCCUACGAGGACCGCAUCGGCGUGGUGGUGGAGCUGGCGUCCGAGAUGGAAGCAGAGAGCUACUACGACAUCCGGCGGAUCUCCGCCCGCAAGGAGAACAUCCUGGGACAGUGGAAGCUUCUCAAGGAGCUCGUGAUCGGCAGGAAGGUGCGGCUAGAGAAGAACUUGGCCCUGCAGAAGACCUUCCAGGAGAUGGUCUACAUGAUCGACUGGAUGGAGGAGAUGCAGAUCCAGCUGUUGUCCAAAGACUUUGGGAAACACCUGCUGGAGGUGGACGACCUGCUUCAGAAGCACAGCCUCCAGGAGACUGACAUCUCUGUGCAGGCCGAGAGGGUCCAGACCCUCAACACUGCCGCCCUCAAGUUUACCGCCAUCGAAGGUUACCAGCCCUGCGACCCGCAGGUCAUCUGUAACCGGGUCAACCAUGUCAGCACGUGCCUGGAGGAGCUGAACCAGCUGGCUGCCAAGCGCCGCGCCGAGCUGGAGGAGUCCAGACAACUCUGGGCCUUCUACGAGGAGCUGGAGGAGUCGGAGGCCUGGAUCCGCGAGAAGACGUCCAUCCUGUCGACGCAGACGUGCGGUAAGGACCUGAGCAGCGUGCUGCGCCUGUUGCAGAACCACAAGAGCCUGACGGUGGAGCUGUUGAGCCGGCGGUCACUGCUGCAGCAGACCAUGAAGAAGGGCAAGCAGAUCCUGACGGAGAAGAGCUUCGGCACGGGAGGCAUCCAGGAGCGCGUGAUGGAGGCCAAGGCCGAGUGGAAGCGGCUGGAGGACCACGCCGCGCAACGCCUGGGCCACCUGCAGGAGGCGCUGGACUUCUUCCAGUUCACCGCCGAGUCGGACGACCUGCUGUUCUGGCUGCAGGACAUCUACCGGCUGGUGUCCAGCGAGGACUUCGGCCACGACGAGUACUCGACGCGCUCGCUGCUCAAGAAGCACCGGUGCGUGCGCGAGAGCCUGGACAAGCACCGCGUCAACGCCGUGGCGCUGCGCAAGCACGCCGUGGGGCUGUCGCCGCAGUACCGGCAGCUGGACGAGGUGCAGGCGCGCAUGGGCGAGGUGGAGCAGCUCUACGCCGAGGUGGCGGAGGUGGCUGUGCUCCGGCAGCAGUGGCUGCACGACGCGCUCGCCGUCUACCACAUGUUCAGCGAGGUCAACGCCUGCGAGGUGUGGAUUGACGAGAAGGAGCAGUGGCUCAACAAGAUGGAGGUGCCCGAGAGGCUGGAGGAUGUGGAGGUGGUGGCACACAGGUUCGAGAGCCUAGACCAGGAAAUGAACAGCCUGAUGGGAAGAAUACUGGAUGUCAAUCAAAUAGUGCAACAGCUCCUGGACAACGGCCACCCCAGCUCCACUGAGGUCCGGGGCUGUCAGGACCAUCUCAACAGCCGGUGGAACCGCAUAGUGGAGCUGGUGGAGCACAAGAAGGACCACCUGGACUCGGUUCUGCGCAUCCAGAACUACCUGCUGGAGUCCGCCGAGAUCAAGUCCCAGAUCCAGGACAAGCGCAAGGCCAUCGACGCCACCCAGUACGUGGGCAGCGACCUGGGCAGCGUGCUGGCUCUGCAGCGGCGCCUCUCCACCAUGGAGGGCGCCCUGUCCGUGCUGGAGCCCAAGCUGCUCCUCCUGCAGCAGGAGGCGGAGGAGCUGGCCAUCGCGCACCCGGACAAGGCCGUGGAGGUGCUCGUGCCCUUCGAGGGCAUCAGCCUGGAGUGGGAGGAGCUGAAGAGGACGCUGCAGGGAUGUGAGGACUCGCUCACGGUGGCUGGACGACUGCAGCAGUUCAUCCAGGACCUGGACUCCUUCCUGACGUGGCUGGUCCAGACGCAGACGGCGGCGGCCGCGGACGAGCUGCCCAACACGCUGGAGGAGGCCGAGCGGCUCAUCAACUGCCACGCGGCACUCAAGGAGGAGAUCGGCCGCUACGAGGAGGACUACGAGCGGCUGCAGGCCGUGAACGAGCUGCUGGAGGCUGAGGAGGCGCCGCUGCCCUACGCCGCGCUGCAGCAGUGGCUCCAGAAGCUGGACGUGGGCUGGAACAAGCUGCUGGAGAUGUGGGAGAGCCGCCGAGAGGUGCUGGUGCAGGCGCACAUCUUCCACCUCUUCAUGCGCGACGUCAAGCAGGCCGAGGCCUUCCUCAACAACCAGGAGUCGGCGCUGGCCCACGUGGAGCUCCCCACCACGGUGGAGACGGUGGAGGCGGCCAUCAAGAAGCACAAGGACUUCACCACCACCAUGGAGCUGAACCUGCACCGCAUCAAAGCCGUCAUCGAGGCCGGGGAGAGCCUCAUCAGCCAGAGCAACAUCUACUCCGAGCGCAUCAAAGAGCGCGUGGAGGCCCUCGCUAACAGGGGGAACCAGAACCGUGAACUGGCCCAGGAGUGGCUCAGCAAGCUCAACGGACAGUGGGAGCUGCAGAGCUUCCUGCAGGACUGUCAUGAGCUGGGCGACUGGGUGGCGGAGAAGAUGCUCAUGGCACGCGACACGUCCCGAGACGAGACCCAGAAGCUGCACAAGAAGUGGCUGAAGCACCAGGCCUUCAUGGCCGAGCUCGCCCAGAACAAAGAGUGGCUGGACAAGAUCGAGAAGGAGGGGCAGCAGCUGAUCGAGGAGAAGCCGGAGCUGAGGGAGGUGGUGGUGCAGAAGCUGGGGGAGAUCCGCGAGUGCUGGCAGGACCUGGAGAGCACCACCCAGGCCAAGGCCCGGCAGCUCUUCGAGGCCAACCGGGCCGACCUGCUGGUCCAGAGCUACUCCAGCCUGGACCAUCGGCUGGGUCAGCUGGAGAACCAGCUCUCCUACGAGGACUACGGCCAGGACCUCACCACCGUCAACAAACACCUCAAGAAGCUCCAGACGAUGGAGUCACAGAUGGAGGAGUGGUACCAGGAGGUGGGGGAGCUGCAGCAGGAGGCGGCCUCUCUCCCGCCGCAGGGCCAGCGCAUGGAGCACGUCGGGGAGAGGCAGGCCGUGGUGGAGUCGCGCAUCGUGCGCCUCAUCGAGCCCCUCAAGGAGCGCCGACGCAUCCUGCUCGCCUCCAAGGAGGUGCAUCAAGUGGGACGCGACCUGGAGGACGAGAUUCUGUGGGUCCAAGAGCGCCUCCCACUGGCAACAUCGCACGAGCACGGCACCUCCCUACAGGAAGUGCAGCAGCUCAUGAAGAAGAACCAGACGCUCCAGCGUGAGCUGCAGGGGCACCGUGCGCGGAUGGAGGACGUUCUGGAGCGGGCGUCUCUCAUCGCCUCCAUCCGCAGCCCGGAGGCGGAGUGCGUGCGGGACGGCCUGGAGCAGCUGGCGGGGCUGUGGGAGGCGCUGUGGCUGGAGACGGAGCACCGGCAGCUGGCGCUGGACGCCAUGUACCAGGCCCAGCAGUACUACUUCGACGUGUCCGAGGUGGAGGCCUGGCUCAGCGAGCAGGAGCUGCACAUGAUGAACGAGGAGAAGGGCAAGGACGAGCCGAGUACGCUGCAGCUACUGAAGAAGCACCUGGUGCUGGAGCAAAGCAUCGAGGACUACGCCGAGACCAUCGGCCUGCUCUCACAGCAGUGCCGGCAGCUGCUCGAGCUCGGACACCCCGACAGUGACCAGAUCAGCAAGCGUCAGUCCCAGAUCGACCGCCUCUACGUGUCCCUGAAGGACCUGUUGGAGGAGCGCAAGUCUCGCCUGGAGCAGCAGUACUGGCUCUACCAGCUGAGCCGGGAGGUGGACGAGCUGGAGCAGUGGAUCGCCGAGAGGGAGGUGGUGGCCAGCUCCCCCGAACUGGGCCAGGACUUUGAGCAUGUCACGAUCCUCCAGGAGAAGUUCACCGAGUUCGCCUCAGAGACCGGCAGCAUGGGCCAGGAGCGGGUGACUGCCAUCAAUCAGAUGGUGGACGAGCUGAUCGACUACGGCCACGGCGACGCCGCCACCAUCGCAGAGUGGAAGGAUGGCGUGAACGAGGCCUGGGCCGACCUGCUGGAGCUGAUGGAGACGCGCGGUCAGCUGCUCGCCGCCUCACACCAGCUGCACAAGUUCUUCUCCGACUGCCGCGAGGUCUUGGGUCAGAUCGAUGAUAAGCAGCGGCGGUUGCCGGAGGUGCGCGCGCAGCAGGGAGACACGGCAAACACCAGCACACUGCAGAGGCUCAUGCACACCUUUGAGCAUGACAUUCAGCUGCUCGUCAACCAGGUCAGGCAGCUGCAGGAGAGUUCGGCCCAGCUGCGGACAGUCUACGCGGGGGAGAAAGCAGAGGCCAUUGCCAGGCGGGAGCACGAGGUCAUGCACGCCUGGAAGGAGCUGCUCGUCUCGUGCGAGGAGUGCCGUGUGCAGAUCACCACGGCGACCGACAAGCUGCGCUUCUUCAGCAUGGUGCGCGACCAGCUCACGUGGAUGGAGAGCAUCAUCAGCCAGAUUGGGACCGCGGAGAAGCCCAGGGAUGUGUCCUCUGUGGAGGUCCUGAUGAACUACCACCAGAGCCUGAAGAGUGAGGUGGAGGCCCGCAACAAGAGCGUGAUGCAGUGCAUAGAGAUGGGCAAAACCCUGCUGGCCGCGCGGAACCCCGCCUCGGAAGAGAUCAAUGAUAAGCUGGAGAGGGUGUUGUUGAAACAGAGGGAGCUGUCUGAGAAGUGGGACAGACAUUGGGAGUUCCUCCAGCAGAUGUUGGAGGUGCACCAGUUUGCUCAGGAGGCAGUGGUGGCGGAGGCCUGGAUGACGGCUCAGGAGCCCCUAAUCAGCAGCAGCGAGCUGGGCUCCAGUGUAGACGAGGUGGAGCAGCUGAUUCGCCGACACGAGGCCUUCCGCAAGGCGGCCGCCACCUGGGAGGAGAGGUUCAGCUCCCUUAGACGCCUUACCACCGUGGAGAAGAUCAAGGCGGAGCAGAGCAAGCUCCCGCCCACACCGCUGCUGGGCCGUAAGGUGUUCUUGGAGCCGCAGGAGGUGUCGCCGGCACGUAGCGCCACUUCUGCCCGCCUGCGCCACACCAUCUACGAGCAGCAGGCGGUGGAAGCGCGCUCCGAGAGACCCCAGCCCUCGCCGUCGUCCGUGGCGCGCCGCCUGGGCUCCACCGUGGCCAACUACACGCCCGUCCUCAACGGCUCCGCCUACACGCGCAGCAUCGAGGCCCGCACCAGCGGCUUGGUGGGUGUGGCGGCAGGUCUGGGCAUGACUCCUGCCCCGGUGGCUGCGUCGCUGCCGGUUACCCUGGUGACGGCCCCGGCAGAGGCGGCAGCGGAACCAGAAGUGAAGUUUGCCGGGCUGCGACCCGAGCAGCGGUCGGAGCGGAUCCUGCGCAAGCUGGCGGCGCAGAAGCCCCAGGACAGCAUCGAGCACUUCAGCGAGUUGAUCCGCCCCAUGCUGGACCGCGAGCGGCAGCGGCAGGACCGCGAGCACGACAGCCACGAGCGGCCCUGCGGAGAGGUGGGCGUCAUGGCCGAGGUGGUGCUGCAGGACCCGCCGCUGGGUCGCGAGCGCCUCAACAGCGAGGCCCGCAGCGGGGAGCUCCGGAUCAGCGCCGGAGGAGGAGGAGGAGGCAGCGGCGGCAGCAGCCGCUCCGAGCUGCAGGCGGAGCUGCACCAGCCGCCCCAUCACCACGGCCACCACCGGCUGGAGCGGCAGCUGUCCAACGAGCAACUGGUGCAGGCGCGGCGGGACGAGCUGCCGCAGGAGCUGUGGAGGGAGCGGGCCGAGCGGGAGAGGAGGCUGGAGAGACAGACGUCCAGCGAGCAGGAGGGGGGACUAGGAGGAGACCUUUACAGGGAAAAGAGGUCCACCUUAGCUGACAUAGUGGAGCAGCUUCAGGAGAGAGAGGCAGCAGCUGCUCGAGGUGAGGCCCCACUUCUGCCCAACGGCGUGCCCGAGAAGGCCGCCCGACCGGAGCGCCCGCGAGCCCGAGACCGACCCAAGCCACGCAGGAGACCCCGACCCAAAGAGCCCAGCGGAGGAGAGCCGCGGCGGUCCCGGUCCGCCCCGGCCCAGAGCAGCCCGCCCGUGCCCCAGACGCCCUCACACACGGCCCAGUACGAGGGCUUCCUCUUCCGCAAGCUGGACAUCGAGAGCCAGAAGAAGGCCGCAAACAGGUCUUGGGCCAACCUCUACUGUGUGCUGUCCAAGGGCGAGAUCGGCUUCUACAAGGACGCCAAGAACACCGCCACACCUUACAACAACGAACCUCUGCUUAGCCUCAGUGGCUGCACCUGUGACGUGACCAACGGGUACAAGAAGAAGAAGAACGUUUUCACGCUCAAAACAAAAGAUGGAAGUGAGUUCCUGUUCCAUGCGAGAGAUGAGGAUGAUCUGAAGGGCUGGGUCUCGAGCAUCACCCAAAGUAUCAACGAAUACGACGAGAUCGCCAAUUGGGGCAAGCCCCAACCUACUACCUCUUCCACGGAUGAGGGCACGCGGCGCGAUGCCAGGAAGUCGGAGGCGGAGAAGUCAGAGCGGGGGGGCGAGAAGUCGGACCGGGGCGACCGGGUCUCCGAGCGCUCCGACAAGGGCGAGAAACCCGAGAAGCGCACGGGGAAGAAGAAGUGAGACCGGAUCCGUCUGGAUUCUUUUCUUUUUUGGGCCAAGAGUGAGAGACAGGAACUCGGAAGGGGGGGCUAAGGAGUGUGUGUCUGUGUGUGUGUGUGCGUGCGUGCGUGUGUGUGUGUGAGUGUGUGUGUUCGCGGAGGGGAGGAGAUCUGGUCUUAUCCUCCAGACUUGAUCAUUUUCCCCCACCACAACUGCUCUGUCUCUCCAAGUGGCCUCGGCGCCACCGGGAAAGGGGUAAUGUUGGAUCCGUGCGAAGGGUCAAGGGUCGGGGGUCGGGGGUCACACA